AUGUCGGAGUCAAAGAAAGGAAAGCCCCGCACUGCAGAAGAAGCUGACAUAGCAGGACCAGAAGAUCAGAAUCCAAAGCAUCAAAGAAAAGAAGGAACCGCAAAGGAAGCUGAUCAGAAGAAGAAGAAAAAGGUGUCCACAGGAGGAGAGGAUACGAAGGAGGCUGAGAAGAAGGCAAAAGAAGACAAGGAAGCAAGGAAGGUUGACAAGAAGGAGAAGGCACCCAAAGAAGAUGAUGCAAAGGAGGCUGAGAAAAAGAAGAAGGUGGCCAAAGGAGGAGAGGAUUUGAAGGAGAUUGAGAAGAAGGCAAAAGAAGACAAGGAAGCAAAGGCGGCUGAGCAGAAGGAGAAGAAGACACCAAAAGAAGACGAUGCAAAGGAGGCUGCGAAGAAGAAGAAGGUGGCCAAAGGAGGAGAGAAUAUGAAGGAGGCUGAGAAGAAGGCAAACGAAGACAAGGAAGCAAAGGAGGCUGAGAAGAAGGAGAAGAAGGCACCAAAAGAAAACGAUUCAAAGGAGGCUGAGAAGAAGAAGAAAGUGGCCAAAGGAGGAGAGGAAUCGAAGAAGGCUGAGAAGAUGGCAAAAGAAAAGAAGGAAGCAAAGGAGGCUGACCAGAAGGAGAAGAAGACACCAAAAGAAGACGAUGCAAAGGAGGCUGCGAAGAAAAAGGUGCCCAAGGAAGGAAAGAAGGAUGAGGAGAAGCCAGAAAAGAAUAACAAAGGAGCAAGGAAGACUGUGGCACCAGAAAGCGAUGGGCCAAAGCAGAUGCGGGCCAAGGGUGAGGUCAAAGAAAAACGAAAGCCAGCAGGCAAAAGUGGGUCGUCGCCUGAAAAGAAAAGAUUCAGAGCGCUGAAUGAAGAAGAGGCUUCUGGAAGUGAAGCUGGGGCAGAGGUUAAGAAGACCAUGGUUCCCUAUGAGUCUAUCAAGACUAUGCCAAGCAUUGACCUCAUCAAGGCUUUGGCAGAUGUGUACCACACCUGCUACUAG